UGACCUCUGCCAUGGAAAUCGACAAAGACUCCCCCAAGUCUUCCAUCCCUGCCUCCUCCACAGAGAGCAUGUCAGUGGGGGUUCAGAAGUGUUCCUUCCACCACCAGACUAUAUCAUCAGGCAAGGUAAGCAGUUCCCUGCCCCACUGGCAACAGCAUGGUAAAGCCUUUCCUCUCUUGCCUAAGAAGUCUGAUGGUUUGCCUGAACCUAUUUGAGUCCAAUCUGAAGUCCUAAUCCAUGGCUUCCUCAAACUCCUCCCACACCCAAGAGUUCACUUCCACAACAAAGUGAAAACUGCAGUCCUUCUGGUUUGCCGGUACCUGUAAAUUGAAUUAUUGUCCUUCAGUCUAACCAAUACUGAAAGGCCUCCUCCUCAGCCUUAAGACAAAUAAGUUGUUGGAUUGCUGCCACAGCAAACACCUAACAAUCUUCUAGCUACACCUCCCAACAGCUGCUUCUGUGAUGGAGGCUUUAAACCAGGCCAGAAAAGAUUAACCUACUCAUGCAUGUGACAUCAAAUAAAAAGUUAAGAGAUUACCUAAAUAUGCAGAUAAGAGAGGAAUGAUUCACAGGACAAUCCAUUAAUUGAAACCAUGCUUUGAUAGAUUCACACAGAUUCACAUUGGCCAUUAAUUAAGUACAGUCUGUAUACUGGCGUUUGGUCUCAUUAUUAUCUGCAAACACAACAUAGAUUGAAAGCACGGGACAGUGCCGGUUACAGCAACAUAAACACACAUGUGAUACGCUCCAUCAUUUGAAUCCGAUGUACAUUUUGGAGAAACAGAAUUUUAAUCUCUGCUUUAAAAUUGUCACUUAUCACGAAAAGCAAACCAUAAAUGCUGCAUAAUGCUGUGUGUGACCAAUAGGAGUAGCUGGCCAUUCAAACAGAGCGGGGCACUAAGCUUUAGUUCUCCGACUAAAAAAAUUAUCCUGCACAUGAGAGGGUAUGUAGAAAGAGACAACUUACUGAAAUUUGUCUUCUCUCUGCGCCUUUGCACACUGCAUACACAUACAAUGUAACAAUUGCGUAUCUUGUCUAUUUUCUGCUAUCUUCUUUGCAAUAAACAUUACUUUUUCAAAUAUUAAAAUAAUUCCGGGAAGGAGGAGGGAUGCACCAUAGUAUAGUACUCGUCACUACCAUCCGCCCUAACCGAGCAGCCGUGGCCAUCCAACGGAGGAGACCAGCCACCUGAGAGUUGAUGAACAGCUGCUGACCGUCAAGGGAGGGGGGGCUCCUAACCGACUGCCUGGGUCUGAGACCGUCGAGCGGGGGUGGGCUCCUGGCCGACCUCCUGGAGCUGGAGAACCGCUGCCAGGGGAUGGGGAGAUCCCUUCUGUUUCCCGAGAACUCUGCAGGGCGUUCCGUCUGCCAGGUGCCGGAAGACUGCCUCCGAGGCUCGGCUGUCAUCUGUUGGAGGAGUGGCCGAGGACCAAGCUAUGGCGUAUCGGAGAACCGACGAACCUGAUGGAAGUGAAAAAGGACAGUCGGGAACUGGAUGAAGUGGAGGAGACGCAUAAGAAAUCUGAUAAUUUCAUAACUGGUGAAGAAUCUUUUAGUGGCUCCCAGACUGAAAAGACAUUCUCACAAAAAAGAACUCGAGGAACAAAAACAAAAAAUUACUUCUGUCAUCAGUGUGGUAAGAUUUUCACAAAUAAAGGAAACCUUAAUAGUCACAUGAGAAUUCACAUUGGAGAGAAGCCUUUCACAUGCCAUCAGUGUGGAAAGAAUUUUACACACAAAAGAAGUCUGAAAGAGCACGCGAGAAUUCACACAGGAGAGAAGCCUUUCACAUGCCCUCACUGUGGAAAGUGUUUCAGAUAUAAAGGAAACCUUGAUUUACACAUACGAAUUCACUCUGGAGAGAAGCCUUUUAUGUGCAGCCAGUGUGGCAAGAGUUUCACACAUAAAAAAAGUCUGAAAGAGCACAUGAGAAUUCACACUGGAGAGACCCCAUACACAUGCCUUCAGUGUGGAAAGAGUUUCACACAAAAGGGAAGCCUUAAAAUCCACACAAGAAUUCAUACUGGAGAAAAGCCGUUCACAUGCCUUCAGUGUGGAAGGAAAUUUACAUACACUCAUGCCCUUAAGGAUCACAUGGGUAUUCACACAGUAGAGACCCCAUACGCAUGCCUUCAGUGUGGAAAGUGUUUCAAAUAUAAAAAAAGCCUCAAGUUUCACGUAAGAGUUCAUAGCGGAGAGAAACCUUACACAUGUCCUCACUGUGGGAAGAGUUUCACACAAAAGGGAAGCCUUAAAAUCCACACCAGAACUCAUACUGGAGAAAAGCCUUUUACAUGCCUUCAGUGUGGAAAGAGUUUCGCAAAUAAAACAAACCUGAGAGUUCACAUGAAAUAUCAUUCAGGACAGAAAUUACACAACUGUUCUCAGUGUGGCAAGAGUUUUUUAGAGAUGGCCCAUUUUAUACAGCAUCAAAGAGUUCAUGUGGGAGAAAAACCGUACAAGUGUUCACACUGUGAAAAGAGUUUUGCUCAUCCAAGACUCCUUAUAACACAUGAGAAAGUGCAUACUGGAGAGAAGACUUAUGACUGCACUCAAUGUGGGAGGAUUUUCAGCUCAUCAAGUACUCUACAGAGACAUUUAAGGAAGAAUUGCCCAAAAUUGUCAUAGUGAGCAAACUUUAUUUUGAGAAUCUGUCAUGUGAAAUUUGUUUUAAUUUUAAAGAUGGACUUGAAGAGAGAAAGAAUGUUUUGGUUUUGGAAGUAAAAUACGAUGGGUGAAAAUAUGGAUGAAAUAAGUAGAACAGGUUAUUUUGGUCAUACCAAGAUGCCUAUUUGUCAUUAGACAUUAUUAGGCUGAGAAAUUGUAAUGCAUAAUAUGGCGACUGUUUGGAAUUGAUGUCACACCUUACAAUUUGAAGUAUGUACAUUUUUCUAUGUUAAUUUUGUUUCUGUGGCACUAUAAAAAUGACACUUUGCUUUGAGUGGCCGGUCCAUGCAGACACCAAGCAAUGACUUUACCAAUGGCGUGAUUUGGGGGUUGGACUAUCUCUUUAUUUAAUCAAUGGCAAAAAGGUGGUGUAUUCAGAAACUGUUUUGAAAAUUGUUUAUUUUUGGCACAGAAAUUUCUUCAGCUUUAAAAGAGCCAGUCAGUUUAUUUCUCCAAACCUCUUCCCAUCUCCUCCGCUCGGGUGCCCUUACACUUCAGUAGCUGUUUGCUUGCUGUCCAUUCUGUAACCACUGCAGCCUGUGUCUGGUCCACAUCGCUCUGCCUCGAAGAACUCCUUCAAUGAUCAUUUCAUUCAAAAAUGCCUCUGAAAUUCUAAAUAUGGGGGCAAAAAGAGCCAUGGGCACUCCGCUUUUCUCGAUCUGUAUCCGUUUCGUGCAAUGCUCCUCUGCCUAAUUCUGUGAAAGUUUGCUCCUCUCAUUCAAAGAUCACAUUCUAAGAAAAGGAGAGAAGCCUGUUACAUGCCAUCAAUGUGGGGAAAGUUUUACAUAUAAAGUAGCACCAAGAGUUCAUAUUACAUAUAAUUUAUUAGAGAAAUGACACCACUCGGGAUGGAAAGUUUUUCCACAGAUGGUCUAUUUUCAACCACACCAGAGAAUACAUACUGGUUUCAAAGCUUACGUCUUCUCCGAGUGUGGUAGAGCAUUAAUACAGUAUAAAGAGGACUUUUUUACUGAGGCGGCCCAUGUGGGGCACGUUCUCAUUCAAGGGUAGCAUGAAGUGUAACUUAACAUCCCUGAUGAUGAUAAUAAUAGUAAUAAUAAUAAGAUAUGAACAUUUUCAAGGUAUUUUUAAUAGUCUAAUAUUUCAUUAAUUGAUUAAUACUUCUGAAGGAUUAAUACUGCAAAACACAGAAGACUCCAGAUUGCAUGUAUUAUUAAUAUUUGUUCAAUACAAAUUUUAAUUAUAUUUGUUGUUCACUGGAAACCAGGGGGUGUCGCUAGACCCCUUUUACUGGGUCACAUGCCCCAGUAUAAAUCUGCUGUGCCCCAGUAAAAUCUCAAGUUUCAGUUUUAACAAUUUACUUAAUUUGUCAGUGCAUUGAUUUAGAUUGAUAAUCCCGGAAAAAAGAUGAUCUAAAUGCAACGCAGUAACCCACCCAAUCAACGCUGAAAACACAAAUCCUUUUGGCACGCGCCUGUGCGCUUGCUAUAACCAAAGACACCGCAGCUCGCACAGCCACACACACAAUUCCAGGGGCCAGUUGCACCAGCUAUACGUAUGUUACAACUUAGUGCCCAUUUAUGCCACAACUAGGCUAAGUCACAACUUACGCACUACUAAACAUUUGAGUGUUGCACCAUUAAACUUAGGUAGAACGUAACCCUAUGUAUGAACUAAAUAUUUAUGGAAGCCUCCGACCAGAAGUAACGGUUGGAAUAAAAAAAAGCAGUCAUCAAUCAUUUCGACAUAUAUGAUGAUGUUGGCAUUUACACUCGUUUACAUUUACAAGAGACAAAAAAACAACUUAGAUUUAAGCGGCUCUUCAGCAUGAAACCGUUCAAACGGGGCAGUUUUCAGGAUGUGUCGCCCGGUGUCAAGUGUCAGCAUACACGAAAUUGAUAUUAAAAUAAAUACAUGUCUGUUUUUUCCAGCCUGUUGUAUUAGCAUUUAUUUAUCACCCCUUAAUUAUUUUAGAUACAGUUAUAUUGUUAUUUACUCCAGGCAAAUAUACUAUUUAUUAAAUCAAAUUUUAUUACGUAUUGUAUUUUAAUGGGGGUGUAAUUUAUUACAGCUGACAGUUACACGAGCAGACAAGGUUUGAAGAUCAACCGUGGCAAGAUAAAACUGAAAUUCAUGCUUUUUAACACUUCUAUGUACAAAUUUGAAGGCUGUUUGGAUCAGUACAGGUAAAUGUCAUAUUAUGUGACUACGCAUCACUUUAUGGAGAGUUUACGACCUACUAGUUAAGUCUUGCUUUAAGAAGUAGUUAUUAAGCCCUUAGUGUGAACUUUAUGUCCUAACUUACAUGAGAACUUGCAACCCUUCCCAGGUGUCGGCACCCAAGUCAGAAUUGAGAUUAAACUAAAAGUACGUUUCUUAAAUUCUAUAAUACCGAUGAUCUUAUUUUGACUCCAACAUUAUUGGCUCCUGUAGACGGACAUCAGAAAAUUCUUUGGACGAAGCAGGAACAGGAAAGCCUAAAGGAGAGGGAGUUUGAGGGAGGUAAGACUUGAUAUACGAAAUACAUCCUCAGCCGUCAGAUUCAGGUUUCAGACAUCAGAUGAAAAAGUCAAGUCUAUGGAAUUGUAGAGGAAAUAAACACAUUUUUGUGUUCUGUAGUACUAUCUUUGAUUGUGUGUGAUAACAAUUAAUCAAUCUUUUGGAUAUGAAAUUAAUCAUUAAAUUCAUCAGCGCUAGUUUAGGACACUACAUAAACCGUUGGCAGUAACUAUGGCUGCUGUGUGCUAAUUACCUAGUGAUUAAAAGGAUGAUAAUUAGGCUUGUUUUGAGUUGUUGCAAGUAAACUUACACCAAUUUUGU